AUGGAGGUAGAUGAGGUAGAGGGGGAUGGAGAUAGGGACAUAGUAGAGGAAGAUGAUGGUGAUGAUGAAGAGGAUUCUAUAUUGAGAGGGGAUGGAGCUGACAUUUUUGGGGGACCUCUCCUGUCUCCCUCGUUCUUCUCUACCUCCGUUUUCACCUCCCUCUCUUCCAUAGACUGUGACAGUGAAGGUCUUCUCCUGAUAGAUGACCAGGGUAUUCCAUACACACUCACCCCUGAAGGGCACAAAGUGCCCCAAAUAGACUCUUCCAGGCCAGACAACCCCCCCUCAAGCCAGCCAAUGGUGCAGUCCAGCUCAUUGGCGGUAGAGGAUGACAGGUCGUCUCAUAUAACCACAGCAGGGGUCACUUACCUCAGCCAAAGUUUAGUAAAAACUACACACACACACAAGGAAAACACAUGUCUCGCUCCUGUUACGUCUAUGAAACCUUCACAGAAGUCAGAACUUCUCAAAAAUAAAGAACACUCAAAGAACCCAGAACUCUUACAGAAUGUGGAACCCCCUAAGGUUCUAGAUUCAGGUGUGAAAGCUGUUAGCGAGGCUAGUGCUGCUGUUUCCCAACCUUCUAGUUCUGCUGUACCCCUCCAACCCCCUCAGCCCAUCCAGAUCCUGACUAACCCCUCCUCCAACACCCCCAUCCUCCUCUUCCCCUCCUCCCCCCAGCUCUCCUCCACUACCCUAACCAAGACUGAUACCAACCCAGGCCUCCUGUCCUUCUCUCUCCCCCUCUCCCUCACCCAGAACUCCCCCAGCACCUCCACCUCUAUGUUCCUCCUCCUCUCCUCCUCCACUACCUCUUCCUCCGGUCAGUCUUUCUCUACCUCCACACCCAUCGCUCUCAUUGACCCCUCCACCGGUCAGCUCUCCCAAAUCACUGCCUCCUCUUCAUGCUCUCUUUCUCUUUCAUCCCCUCUUUCUCUCUCUCUCUCUUCUGGUCAGAUCGCCACAUCAAGGUCAUCCCUCCCUUCCAAUCCCUCCCACCCAGUUAUUAGAUUGACACCCAACAACUCCCCUACCAUCCUAUCAAGAGAGAGUCCCAGCGUAAACCCUCCCGCCCCCCUGACCUCCCCCUCUGUGGUCUCCUCCCUUCCCUACAAGCAGUCCAGUGCUGAUGGCAGUUCUAAAGCAGUUCCACUCAGCUCACCUCCUCACAAACACACUGAACCAAACUGUUGUGACCCCAACCCUGAUCAUCAGUCACUAUCUACUGAAGAAACUCAAAUGGAGUCUGUUCCAAAUGGGUCAUCUCCUACUAAAGCCCCUCCCCUUACACACCCGCAAUCCCCUUCUCUGUCCUUUGACUUCAGUUUGGAGGCAUCCGACCAAUCAAAAGCCCCAGAGUCAAAGCACACCUCCCUCCCAUGGGACGACCAUCUCUACUUCUCCUCCUCCACCGCUCCUCCCUCCCCUCCCCUCGCCCCCAUCUUCCCCUCCAGCGGACCCGGUAACCUGGACCCCCUGGACCCUCUGGACCCCCUGUCCCCAGCCUCCUCUCCAUCCUCUGGGCCACGAAGGGUCCUCUACUGCCCUCUCUGCCCCAGAAUCUUCUACUACCUGUCUGACCUGGAGCGUCACUCCAUCACCCACUCUCAGAACAAGCCCCAUGUCUGCCUGCAGUGUGGCAAGGCCUUCAAACGCUCCAGCCAUCUGCAGGUGAGCUCAGUUGUUCAUAAAUGUUUGAAUUGUGGUGUGGUGAUUUGGUGGGCUCAUGAUGACAUAUUGUUUUGAUUGUGUUUGAAGUGGAACUAGGUCCUUUGUGUCAGAUUUCAUGUUGUUAUGACUGCUAUGUAAUAAGUAGGUAUAAACAUAUCAUAAUAUAUGAACAUGAAUGUAUAGUAUUAUCUAACAAAUGUGACCCUCAACCUUUGACCCUGAACAGAGACACAAGCACAUUCACACGGGCGAGAGGAACUUUGUGUGCCCCAUCUGCUCCAAGCGCUUCAGGGAGGCGGGCGAGCUGCAGCGCCAUCAGAGGGUACACACAGGAGAGAAGCCCUACCAGUGCCCGCUGUGCCACACACGCUUCGCCGAGCGCAACACCCUGCGUCGACACACCAAACGCAAACACCCUUACCACCAGGCAGCUAUGGAGAUGCUGACAGAGAGAGGAGGAGGAGGGGGGGGAGGAGGGGAUGAAGAUGAGGGUACAGAAGAGUGGUAUAGUUCCAAUGUGUCCAACUUGGACAACUCUGACUCUGAACCAGAUUCUGAGGUCAUUUCCUGA